CCUCUUCCUUUCUUCAAGACCAGUGACGGAGAUGCGGUCUUUACUCGUAUGUACGGUGGUGGUGGCAGCGGGCAUAGUGGUGGUGAGCCAGGAGGUCCUACCGUUCCUGGAGGCCGUACCUGUAACCUCCUUCUCCUGCGUGGACCGUCCCUAUGGCUACUACGCCGAUCUGGAGGCCAACUGUCAAGCAUUUCAUGUAUGUCUGAAUGAUCUCAAAUGGUCGUUCCUCUGUCCCAACCAAACACUUUUUAACCAGGAGUACUUCGUGUGUGACCACCCCAUCAACGUGGACUGUACCGUGGCUGACACCUUCUACACCCUAAAUGAUAACUUCGGCCAGGUGCAGGAAGAAGAAGGAACAGAAGCCCCGGUAGAGUGAGGGUGGUGAUCUACUCUACUCAUAUGAUCGAACCAAUGCUCCCAUACACAGCAGAGAUAAACAAAGCACCCUGUUAGCAUGAUUGUAGAGUAUCCCAUCUAGAUUACCUUACCUGAUCUGACCUAACCUUACUUGAUCUGACCUAAUCUAACCUAACUUAAUGUGAGCUGGCCUACAUUAUUUAACUUAAUCUGUCAUAAUUUAGCCUAACCUAAUGUAGCCUCAUCUAACCUAACCCAAUUCUAACUUUAACUUAACCUAAAAUCUAACCAAACCUAACCCGGAUGAUGGGAUGUUAUACAGUUAAGCCAUUUUGUUAAACACUAUGUCAAGCGAUGACUUAAUUCCCCUGACAUAUUGUAACAUUGUGGGGAUGGAGUUAAUUACAUAUGGGUCAAUAUUUCCUGUAAUAUGUUAUACUGGUAACCUUUUGAUUGAUGCACGGAGCCACAGACAACAGGUAUUAUCACAUUACCAAUUUUUUCCUUAAUUAGUUGCACCGUCAGCUCUAUAUAUGGUGUGGUAAUGACAGUACAAUGCCAGUUUUAUAAUACCUGUUGUCUUUGGGAAGGUACUGAUAACAGGGUACCAGUUUAUAAAUACCUGUUGUGCUUAGCAAGGUUACUGACAACAGGGUACCAGUUUAUAAUUACCAAUCAGAUACACUGUGUAGAGUCCAUUAUGUUAAAAACUUUUUAGCCUAUGCGGGCAUAAGGCUCUGAAACAACAAACAAAAUAAUUAAAAAAAAACAAUAAAUAAAGAUAAAAUAAACCAAAAUAAUAAUACUUUGUUAUUCGUUAAUGGAGGUAGCAAGGAUAGAAAACCAUGAUGGACGAGGUUGGAAAAUUACCACGAACACGAGUUGCUGUUUUGUUUCGAGUUGUUUUUUUUUCCAGGCGACACAAGCCAACUUAAACCUAUAGUCUAACCUAAUUUCAACCGCCCAUAACCUAACUUAACCCACACCUAACAAACUUAAACCAAUCAGACUUACACUAGCCACACUAAAACCUAAUCUUAACCACAUAAACCUACCCUAACUACAUAAACCGAACCUAACUUAACCACACCUAUGGUAGAUUUGGUUACGUUAGGUAGACAAAAAACCUAACAUAACCAAAGCUAAAAUUAGGUUAGACUUGGUUGGCGUGUGUCAUCUGGUCUCAAAUAGAGAGACAAAUGGUUCAGGUGAUUGGAUAGUCAGGUUAAUAUAGGCCAUUUUCCAUCAAUUCCCCUCACGUUUGUUGACAUCAAAAAUUUCCAAGUGAUGAAAUAAAUGAAAGGUAUUGUAUUAAUGUAUUUCAGGUGUAUUUCCCUCAUAUUAAAUUGUAUAAAUAAUAUAAUAAUCAGUAAAUAUAGCGAAGGAAGCAAGGAAGUAAUAAUUUGUUAACUAGAUAUAUUAUUGGUUAUAUUACUAACGCUCUUGGUGACGUCACGCCGAAUUUCAGUGUUAUCAUAUGGUAUCAACUUUUUUUUUCACCAAUUAUGUAUGAGAAGUGGCAACAAAACUGCCCCUACACUCCCCCUGUUAAUGUUAUAAAUUAUAGUUCAAUAUAGAUAGAUAGAUAUGGUGGCGGGAAUCUUGUUAAUUAUCCAUAAAAUACUAGAGCUUUAAUGUUAGGUCACUAUACAAACACGAAGCCUGAUUUGUUGUGUUGUGCCAAAGUGCCGUGUACACCAUAGCCCGUGUACAUAAAAAAAUACCAUGACACACACAGUAUACACAUGUGUAGUGAACCUUAGCGUGUGAUAUAGUGUACUAACUUAACCCGAAGUAAGGUUAAGUUAGGCUAGAUGUGAUUAGGUUAGGUAGUGGAUGAUUAGUAUUGGCUAACCACUAACAGCUAACGUUCACACACACACACAUAGCGUUCAACGGAUCACAUGAAAAUUACCCCCCCCCUAGCUUCUUUCACCUAAUCUAGCUCCCCAGGUGAAAUAAGCUGGGGAGGGGGUUAAUCUUCAGGUGACCCUUAACACACACCUUUAUAUUUCUAGUCGUAGAUCCUGUACAAGUCAUCAAGUAUUGUACGUAAACAUGAAACAAUUAUUAUCUAUUUAAAUUGUAAUUUUAUAAUUCUAAUAAAAUCAUAACAAAACAA